UCAAGCCUUCACAGGCAGAAGACAACCCAAAAUGAUGGCACAGGACAAGGUGCAAUAAAUGCUCAAAAACAAGCGAUAGCAGGACAGAUUCCAAGUAGAGUCAAGAGGGAAGAGCAGGCAAGUUAAGACAAGUAUAGAACUGAUCAAGAAACUGGUUUCAGAAAGUGUGGUCAAGUACCUCAAAAGCAUUGUGGGAUCUGCAGAGAGGAAGUACCAGUGCUGUUCUGUUGGAGGUCCACAUAAGGGGACUUAUCCUGCAAAGGAUUAACCUUUCUGGACAUUUCUUGGAAUUUUUCUGGAUUUCUUCUGCCUCCUCCUGACCUCUGAGCAGAGGAGGGGAGGCUGAAGCAUCACUACGGCAGGGAUGAAGUACAGCUACCAGUACCCGGUGUCCCAGUACACACGCCACAGCACAUACACCCCAACAACGCACUACAUGCCUACACUUUCCACCACAAAGCAUUACUCUACCAGCUCCUACACCCCCAGCUACUACAGCUCAACAAAAUACACUCCAUCGCACUACACCCCACCUGCCUACACCCCUGCCUACAAAAGCACCUCCACCUACACGUCUGUCUUUAGCAAACCCACACGCCAAAGUAGCAGCCACCGUGCACCUGUCCAGCAGACUCCCACUGCAGCGGUCAAACCUGCCAGGACUGUACGCUUCACCAAUGAUGUCUUAUUCCAAGACCAUGUUCGGCAUGGGGAGCUGGAAAUGAUCGGCCGCUUCAUGAGAGCAAGGAAAGUGCGAGUGGACACCAUUUUCCAUUCUGGCAUGGCAGCUCUUCAUGAAGCGGUUCUCUCAGGGAACUUGGAGUGCGUGAAGCUUCUGAUAAAGUAUGGAGCUGAUGUUCACCAGAGAGAUGAGAAUGGCUGGACUCCUCUUCACAUGGCCUGCAGUGAUGGCUACCCUGAGAUUGCACGGUAUCUGCUCUCUCUGGGUGCCAGCGUGGAAGCUGAGAAUGAGAAUGGGGAGAAACCAGCUGAUCUUAUUGACCCUGAAUGCAAAGAGUUGAUCAAACUGUUCGAAGUGGGCUGUGUCUAAGGAAACCAAGUACCUAGAUUCAAGUCUAAGAAGAUGGGGCCAUCAAAGGAGCUACUGUUUAUUGGUCAACUAUUGGUACAAAGACAGUCUAAUGGAAACUCCAGCUGGCUUUUGUGGAGGGAAACGUCCUUAUAUGUUGUUUUCUUUUUGUUUUUUUCCUAUGCAUUUUGCAAGGGCAUAGAGGAAUACGUGCGCACCUACUUUCCUCUAAAUAUAUUGCCUUAACCUACUUCUGUGCUUCGCUCACAUGCUGCGAAACCUUGGCCCUGCUAAUCCCUUUUCCCCACUUCUGUAGCACUGUGCAACUGCACACAUGCUGGCCCCCUGAGUGUUUACAGUGGGACCCGUUCUGGAGUUUCAGCUCCAAUUACAUUGUGCUGAAAGCACCCUGAUGCCCAACCCAGCUGUAUCAUUUAAUCAAUGUAAGUAACGUCAUCAGGUCCAUGGCUUAAAUUUGGUAACCUCACCUCGACAAAAAUAGAUCAGGACAACCCUAAAUCACACUCACAGUUGCUGUUAUUUUCAAGGAUCUGUGCAUUAGGUCUAAACAUAGUGGCCUUUGGGGGGACUGAGAAAUGCUUGGAAAUGCUUGACUCCUAAUACUCAAUCUGGUACAGCAUGUGUACUGGCAUAUAUUUGACCGGUACAAAAGUUGGAGAAGCAGUAUGUCUCUGGUCUGCUGGGCAGUUGGAGACAAUGCUGAACAAAA